UCGUUCUUGAUUCUCUCUGGAGGGCACGGCUUCGUCACUCCUUUGGACUACUAGAGCAUGUGCGUGAGAGUUUCGCCGUACCCGACUUUUGAUGGGCCACACCAUUUGUCCACAUCGUGACCAGCUCUCUUCUCAUCCACCAUGGACAAAUACUCAGAACGCGAGCAAGCGGUAAGGAAGUACAUCUUCUCCCUUUCGCUAGCUCACUCUUUGCUAGGAAAUUACUGCUCGUUUGACCGAGACUGUGAAUGCGAUAGAAGCCGCGAUGUCGACUGUGGUUGCCCAGUUCAACGUUCUGCGCGACAGUGUAGAGAUGAUGAAGCAACAACAACUUGAGGCUCAGAAUAGCGAGAUGUCUGGAGGGCCUCCACCCCUGCCAAUGGGGCCUCCACCUCUGUCAAUGGGGCAUUCACCUCUGCCAAUGGGGCAUCCACCUCUGCCAAUGGGGCAUCCACCUCUGCCAAUGACUAUGGCUCCCCCUCCACCUCCACCUCAAGAACCCUCGUCCGAGUCGUUUCGGUUGCGGCCAAUAACUUGGCUCGAGCCUAAUCAACCGGGGAUGAUGCCUCAGGCUUCGUCAUCCUCGCAAGUACUUGACUUUUCAAGGUCACCUUCACCGACCAGCGAACUCAGAGCUACGUAUGCUGUUCGUGGCGCGGUAGCUUGUGAUCCCUGCAGGUCGAGGAAAUGCAGAUGUAUCGGUGCUUCCCCAGCUACUGGAGAGACGUGCAUCUCGUGCUACUCUCGGGGCAUAAGCUGCACGUAUACUAUGCCAGGCUCUCGUCAAGGAGGGCCGUCAAGGAGAAUCGGCAGUUCCGAGCGAGAUCGUCCAUACUGAGCGCCAAAGCUAUGCCUUUCCACCGUUCGUUUCGCUUCUAUUCAUACACCCUAUUCUUUUCGCUCUCUAUACUGCUGUACAUCAUGAUUGCCUGUAAUCCUG